AUGGUGCCAAAAGGACAGCUUACAGAUGGCGGUCUCGUCAAGGCGUCGCAUCGGACUUUGGAAGCCCGAGGCCCGGGGCCAAGCGACCAUUCGCUGCAGCUCAUUCGCUAUGCGGGUCCGCAUGCAAACCGGCUAGUGCUGAGCGUAGAGCGCAGCGGCGAGAGAAGGGGGGUCAGCAGGACAGCAAGAGGAGAAGAGGCGAGGGGAUGUUGGAUAGCUUCCCCAGCGGCGUGGACUGGCAGGUGCUCCAAGAUGGCGAGGAGACGUUCGAAGCAAGCCGCCGUCGCCGCGACGGCAUCGCUGCUGCUGGUCGGCCUCGGCCUGACCGCCCUCAACCCUCGCAAUCUGGCGCUCCUGCCCACGGUCCAAGACAGCAACGGUAACCACCGACCUCUCCAGCAAAGCCGGGCUGCUGCUGUUGGCGGAAGAGGAGAGGCGGGGCAGGGAUUGCCGGAAUCGUGGGAACGCGAGGUCGGGUUGACGCCUGGAGUGAUGCUACCGAACCAGGGUCGAUCCAAAGUCGGCCGGGCGGGUGUAGGAGACGACAGUGGCUGGCGCUCGCCGCACUACGGCGACAUUCAGCGCGGGCACCAAGCGUGGCUCCUGCAACGGGCAGAAGAGAUGGGGUCCAGAGAAGGUGUAGCCAGCGUAGACACACAUAGUGGUGGCCGUAUCGAGGGGGGUACGGCGGACGCCAACGCAGCACAGGGCAAGGGCAAGACGGACGGUGUAGCCGAAGAAGCAGAAGUGGCGGGCGAAGCAGGAGAGAGCGAGGGAGGGAGCCCUGUGGCUGUGGGCUCAGAGGGUUCGACAAGGGCAGGCGAAGCCGCGGCCGCCGCGGGAGGGCGGGGGCUGGAGGGUAGGGGUGACGCCGAGUUGUUUUUUUCCCGCGCUGUCGUGGCCGCCUCUGCCACCGCUACCGCGGCUGGCGGCGGUACAGAGACGGGAACAAGGCGACCACGCUUGAGGAGGGGUCUGAAGCGACAGGAGGCGACGCCCGAGACGGGCGGGGAGGGGGCGAAAACGGCGCCGACAGAAGCGACGACCCUCCCGUCGGAGGGGAAGAAGAAACGGGUAGCCGUUUCGGCGGCGGGCGGGACGAGGUCGGCGAGCGGGGGGCUCCGCGAAGACGACCGAGUAACACGGACACCCCCAACGACCACAGCGAAGAGGAGAACGGCAGACACCGGGGAGGAGCGGGCACAGCAGUCGUCACUGGCGGCGACGGAGCGCGUCUGGCGAUUGAAACGCGGGGCGGAGCUUUGGCCCGGGACUUACGUCCCCCCGAUCGAGCCGACGCGGAGGAGAGAGCUCAUUUACAAGUGGUCCUACGGUAAGGGGCCAGAGGAAGCAGCAGGGGCGACGGGGGGCGAGUCGGGGCGCAUCUUGUACGUGAUCUCGUCGUACGACCGAGGGAAGAGGCUGGGGCUAGGCUACAACGGCAAGGUGGACAAGCUGGACUACAUCCUCAUGAUGAUGGACGAGAUGAGGGAGGCCUGCGAGGCGGGAUUCUCCCCCCAUGUCCACUUGAUCGCCGCCUGGGACACCUCUGAGGUCGCCGACCUGAUUCGAGACCGCCUCUUCUGCCAGAGGACCGGCGAUCUCGUCCCUUACUCUCACGAGGAACACCCUCCCUCCGUCCGGAACAACCUGGCGAUCAAGCAUCGCAUCUACAUGAAAUCAAGGGUGGAAGACUUCGACGUUUUCAUGCAGGUGGAGGACGACAUGAUCGUUACCCUGAACCACAUCCUGCUGUACCGCGAGGAAUGCGAUAAUCUGGAUAUCAGAUUUGGAAUGGGCGGGUCUCGCGGUAGACCGAACGUGUUCGUGCCGGGGUUCUUGAGGGUCGAACCCGGGGGGACGAAGGACAAGGAGAAGGACAAGGGGGAGGGGGAGUGGUUCGAGUGGGAGAUCGUGUUCAACCCGAUCAACAUUUACGGAGCGGGCACUUACAUGUCCCUCACUCCGUCCAAGGUGCUGCCUAGAGCGGGCAACAACCAGGGCAUGUGGAUGGCGACCAGAGAGCAGCUGAAAAAGAUGGCGGCGAACAAGGCGUGCAACUACCUCGAAUUCGACGAAUCUUCCACGAACGGCAUACCAGAGAUGCACAGCGGCAGCAUUCAGAUGUUCCUUCCGGAGUGCGGUUUUAUAAAGGUUUUCCCUGCGACCCAUUUUGAAGACUUUAUGGUACAUCACCGAACGAACAACAAGAACGGCAGGGCAGGGGAAAGCAUCCCCGGGGUUUCGACAGCCAUGCUUCGCGUGUGGGCGGGGCAGUUCCUCAGAGACGAGGGGAUGCUGCAAGUGCUGUACUGGACGAUCCCUCAGGAUUUCGGAACGUUCCCGUGAGACUCGGCUAGUGGACAGUGCCCGCGGUCUAUUCCCCAUUGCCGUGCACCAUGUGGUUAAAGGGUCUUGAGAUGUUCAAGUGCACUGCUGUACGCACAAUGCAGCACCUUGAAGCGUUGUGAUUUCUGCAGCACCGCCGCGGUUGUGGAAUACUGCCUACUUGCUCUGCUCUGCUGUGCGGUCUGUGCGGUGCAACUGCUUUGCACAUGACCAUGGGUGCCAACCGUGUAGAGAUAGGUACAGGAAUAUGACGUUGAGAUGUGGGAUGGGGGGAAGAGGAAUGGGGAGGGAAAGCUUUCUGUGGUGUCAGGGGGGCGGGGGGGGGGAGGAUCCCUGACGGUUAAGUCGAACCCAGAUGGAUGAGUUAGAGGGCUGGGCGGUGUGGGAGUGAGUGGAGGAAAGACGAUUGUUGUCCAAAUUUUGUUGAUAUGGUGGUACAGUAAUAUAUGACAUCGGUGUGACCUCUGUGAAAUACCUACAUUUCUCUUGAAUAUUCUUCUAGGCAAACGGCGUAACUACGGGGUGUUGUUAGUGUCUUGAGUAUUGUUGGAUAUGAUUGUGCAACGCUGCCACGAUUGCGGGCGCAUGACCGUUAGGUCCAUGCCAACACCUUGGGGUCUUCGAGUACGAUCACCGUACGCAGCAUGCCCCGGUACAACUAAAAUAAGUAACACCGAGGAGGUGUGUACGUGUAUGGAAGCAUAUUUCUUGUUCUUGAUUUCGUUCUGUUGUGUGUUUUCUGUUCUCAUCAAUGUCAAUGAUGUUGACGAACUUAGUUUUAUGCAAGUGUGUUUUUCGUUUGAUCUUUGCUGGGCUGCGGUGUGUUCCGCAAGUCGACCUUGUCUUUCGAGCAAUUCUGGCUAGGAGACAGAAAGAGCUGGACGGGACCCGGGGAGGAGUUGGCAUAGGGUUUGGCGAGAGGGUGAUGCGUCUUGGUGUGCAUUCGCCAGGUUGUCCUUUGUUUUGUUUGGUUGUGUCUCAGAAUUACCACGCCACCGAUUUGCGAGUUGUUCGGUGGCCAGAUGGCAAGGACUUGCCGUUUAGAGAGAAGUAUAUCGUUAGAUACCUUGUGAAGUAGCGAAAAAUAACGUAAUCUGCGCGUAAGACUUCCCAAAUUGCCCGACGUAUCCCUGUAGGCUAAUUGGUAUCCUCGCAACAUUCUCCUGUAGCAACCAGGGUAAGGGGUUCGAACCCCGGCGAAGGCUUUUAUUCAAAGUGAGUUUUGUCUCUCGUUUCGCUCCUCCCGUAGUCUACAAACAUCUGUGGU